GCAGGAAGUCGACGAUGAUGUUUCCCCAGACACGCUGGGUUGAAGGCAGCGUAGCAGUGAUAACAUAUGUGAAAUCUUAAGAGCAUAAUACAUAUUAGUGAUGAAUUAGUUGUAGGUUCAGUCCUCGCAGGAAGGCAGCGGACAUGGCUGCUGGUGUUUUACUCUUCGUUGCAGUGAACCUUGCCUGUUUGGCUGUCAGUGGAAACUUGGUCUCUGGAGAUAGAUCAUUCUCAAUAGACUACAAAAACAACUGUUUCCUCAAAGAUGAGAAGCCUUUUCAGUACAUCUCAGGCAGUAUUCACUACUCCAGAAUCCCACGGUACUACUGGAAGGACCGGCUCUUAAAGAUGUACAUGACUGGACUCAAUGCCAUCCAAGUAUAUGUGCCCUGGAACUUCCAUGAAGCAGUACAAGGGGUCCACAACUUCACAGGGGACCGAGAUCUGGAGCAUUUCUUGGAUCUGGCCAAUCAGACUGGUCUUCUGGUCAUCCUGCGUCCGGGACCGUACAUCUGUGCAGAAUGGGAAAUGGGCGGAUUGCCAGCGUGGCUACUUCAGAAGCCCAACAUCCUACUUCGCUCAGCGGACACAGAUUAUGUCCAGGCAGUUGACAACUGGCUUGCCGUUCUUCUCCCCAAAAUGAAGCCAUGGCUCUAUAUCAAUGGGGGCAACAUCAUUACUGUCCAGGUGGAGAAUGAAUAUGGAAGUUACUACGCUUGUGACUACAACUACAUGCGUCACCUGCGGACUCUGUUCCGCUUCUUUCUGGGUGAAGACACUGUCCUGUUCACCACGGACGGAAAUACAGACAAGGAAAUGACAUGCGGGACUCUGGAGGGAUUAUAUGCCACAGUAGACUUUGGCACAGACACCAAUAUAACUGAAGCCUUCAACAGGCAAAGACGGUUUGAACCUCGAGGGCCCCUGGUGAACUCAGAGUUCUACACUGGCUGGUUGGACCACUGGGGAGAUCAGCAUGCUGUGGUUGAUGCUCAGAAGGUCAGCAGAGUGCUAGGAGAAAUGCUAACCAUGGGGGCCAACGUUAACAUGUACAUGUUUGAAGGAGGCACUAACUUUGGCUACUGGAAUGGUGCUGAUCAUGACACAAGGUUCCGCUCAGUAGUGACUAGUUAUGAUUACGAUGCCCCGCUGUCUGAGGCAGGAGACCCCACAGAGAAGCUGUUGGCCAUCAGAGAUGUCAUUAAGCAGUUUAGAAAUAUUCCCUCUGGCCCCAUGCCACAAGCAACUCCCAAGUUUGCCUAUGGCUUUGUGACCCUGAAAAAGGUCGGCAACAUCAGCGGCCUGUUGAACACCCUCUCACCUGCCGGGCAAGUGAAAUCCCAGUAUCCCCUGACGUUUGAAGAGAUGAAACAGUACUAUGGAUACAUGCUUUAUCGGACCACGCUGCCCAGGGACCUCUCAGGGCCCACGCCACUUAUCUCUCCACUGAAUGGGGUUCAUGACCGUGCAUAUGUGUCCGUCAAUGGGGUUUUUCAGGGCCUGUUGGAGAGAGACACUAUGCUGGUGACAAACGUCACUGGACAGCAGGGGGACACUGUGGAUAUCCUCGUUGAGAACAUGGGCAGGGUGAACUUUGGCAGCAAGAUUAGUGACUACAAGGGCCUCCUGAGCAACCUGAUCCUGGGUAAAGAUGUACUGACUGACUGGAAGAUCUACCCUUUGGACAUUGAUGGAGCCAUUGCUGGUGGAUGGCCUCAUUCAGACAGUCAAAAGUCCUUCCCUCAGAAAGAACCUUCAGUUGGGCCAGUCUUCUACAUGGGGAUCUUACAGCCCAACGGCCUUGCUUGGGACACCUUUCUCAAGCUCAAUGAAUGGACAAAGGGUCAGGUUUGGAUUAAUGGUAUGAAUCUGGGACGAUACUGGCCAGCCAGGGGCCCUCAACAGACUCUUUACAUCCCUGGGCCCCUGCUCAGCACCACCCUGCCCAACAACAUCACAGUGCUGGAGCUGGAGGGGGCUCCAGCACACCUUCGGGUUCUCUUUAUGGACCGGCCUCAGCUCAGUGCCACUGCUGAGAAGUCUUAACAGAGCGCACUGAGCUUUGUUAGACAUUUUCUCAAAAUUCAGUUGUAGGUAUACUACAUCCCAAUAUCUGUUUAAAUCACUCUGUACAUGAGGAACAAUGCUUUGUUCUGCAUCAUUUCUGUGGCAUCAUUAUUCUUAAUCACUUCAGAUUUCAGUGUUUCAUUUGUAGCCAAUUCUUUAUCAGACACAAUCCAAUGACAACUGCUUUAACCUUUGACACAGCAGCUUCAGUCAAACAGUGAUCCAAUGAUGAUUUUGUAUUUAAGGUUGAAAAUUCACUAAAAUAAUUACCAUAUAUACAAAUAGUAUUACAGUUUUUUUAUUGCAUUCUUUUUUACCUUUUCUAUAACUGCAGAUACAGUGAAUAAAUGAUUAUUAAUAAAUUA